AAAGUUAUGUGAGAAAAGCGUUUGUUGUAUUAGCUGCGACAGCGACAAUAAUCGUCAGGAAGAAUGGGGAAUAUUUCGAUACACUAAACAACUGUCAAGAAUUACCUUUGAUGUAUCUUUUGUAUUCAGCCUGUUACCUGAUCCCAAUGUGCUCGAGCGGUAAGUGAUAGAAGUUUUCGAGAGAUGGACGAUGCCUGGGACAUGGCGUACUCGCUGUUCAAGGUGUGGCUGUCUAUAGUGGUUGGACUUAUAGUAGUGCCGGCAAUGUUUGGACUGUCCCUUGGAGUCACGGACGUCUACAUGAAAAUACUAGUGAAAAUCCUUGAGUGGGCCACUCUGAGGAUCCAACGAGGACAGAGGGACCAACCCUCCCCCACAGCCCAACUUCCCAAUGGAAUCAUCCAGAGAGAUGACGGUUCAAUGGCAGAAGAGAUCGGUGAACUGCGGAGGAACUGGCCUCAGUCCCUGACCGGCGGAGACUUCACCCUGUGUGACGCCUUCUACUUCUGCAGGAAAGGGAUAGAGACAAUCGUGGAGGAUCAGGUGACUCAGCGCUUCACGUCUGAAGAGCUGGUCUCCUGGAACCUUCUGACCCGAACCAACAACAACUUCUGUUACAUCAGCGUGCGGGUCACCAUUAUAUGGGGUCUGGGUGUGUUUAUACGUUACUGCGUCCUUGCCCCUCUCAGAAUCACUCUGGCCGUAAUUGGACUGAGCUGGUUAGUGAUCGGCACCACUCUAGUGGGACUGCUGCCCAACAGCAAAGUGAAGGAUUGGCUAAGUGACCUGGUUCACCUGACAUGCUACAGGAUUUGCGCCAAAGGCCUCUCUGCUGUCAUUCACUACCAUAACAAGCAGAAUAAACCCAAGAAAGGAGGAAUAUGUGUGGCUAACCACACGUCACCAAUUGAUAUUGUCAUUUUGGCAAAUGAUGGCUGUUAUGCCAUGGUGGGACAGGUUCAUGGGGGUCUGAUGGGGGUCAUCCAGAGGUCAAUGCUUCGCUCCUGCCCCCAUGUUUGGUUUGAGAGGUCAGAGAUGAAAGAUCGACACGCAGUGGCCAAAAGGCUGAGGGAUCAUGUCGCAGACAAAACCAAGCUGCCAAUUCUCAUCUUCCCUGAGGGAACCUGCAUCAAUAACACAUCUGUCAUGAUGUUUAAGAAGGGAAGCUUUGAAAUAGGAGGCACUAUAUAUCCAGUGGCCAUCAAGUAUGACCCUCAGUUUGGAGAUGCCUUUUGGAAUAGUGCUAAAUACAACAUGGUGAGCUAUCUCCUCAGAAUGAUGACCAGCUGGGCUAUUGUGUGCAAUGUUUGGUACCUUCCUCCCAUGACCCGAGAGGAAGGGGAGGAUGCCGUCCAUUUUGCCAACAGAGUGAAGUCAGCCAUAGCCCGUCAGGGCGGGUUAGUGGACUUGUCUUGGGACGGAGGGCUGAAGAGAGAGAAAGUGAAGCAGACAUAUAAGGAAGAACAACAGAAGAUGUACAGCAGCACAAUUGUAGGGCCCGUCAGCAGCUGACGCUCACUGCUCUGCACCAGCUCCUACACUUGUUUACAUUGUUUGUGAACUUAAUGUGAAAUUGGGGAGGUUUCAUCAAAUAUGAAAUGGGAUGACACAAAUAUAAAUAUAUAUUUUUUAAAAGUAUGGUCUAUAAUAUGGAGAGAAAAAAAAUAAUAGUGCUGUGUUUGGCUGAAGAUUAUUAUGCUGCACGUAAAAUUUUCGAACUGACCUAUUUUUUCAACUGAUCGAUUUUCUCAGUGCAAAUGAUAUGAUAACUGAGCUCAUUUUAUAUUUAAUGUGACCAUGUAUGUUCCAUGGAACAAAAAAAAAAACUAUACUGGCAUCAGUUUGCUGUUGUCAUUUUUAAAUCAGACUCUUUAUUUUUACAGGGUUGUGUCAUUGUGCUACGUUGAAACAUCUCUUUUAUUAUUUAAACAAAGCGUUAUCAAAAGUGUGUUAGUUUUUACCAAAGGAUUGCUGUUAUAUUUGCAGGUUUGAUCAUCACCAAGCAGAUAAUUCAAAUUGAAAUGCAGUUGUUGUUGAUGUAGAUUAUUCCGUUGAAAUAUACUAAGGGCCUGAAUGUGUUUCACAAGGCUUGUCUUUAACCCUUUAACCUUUUGGUCACACCAGAUUGUCAUAUGUGACAGGAUUUCUUCCUGAGUGCCUUAAAAUAAACCUCUUAAGGAUUAUCAAUGUU